ACAACUUUCAACGGAUCAUCAUGAAAACACACGUUCUGCUUACUUGCCUUUUCGUGAUACUCGGUACUUCAUUGGCGGAAAAUGACGAAGAGGCGAGCCGGAAGAGUCGCCAUGUAGUUCCUGUGGUGAUGAUGGACGACGGCGAAGUAUUAAUGGAUGAAAACAUUGAUACUCGCACUGCGAUGAUGAGCGAUGGCAUUGCUAUUCCGACAGUUUUAGCCACAAGCAAUACUGAAAUCCUUCUUGAUGCACCGACUGAUCAGAAACCUGAAGAACAACGCUUCCAGUACGGCGGAGGGUCUUACGGACGACCACUCGGAGGUGGAUACUACGGAAGACCGUACGGCGGAGGAUACUAUGGCGGUCGUCCCGGAGGAGGCUAUUACGGUCGUCCAUUUGGUGGCGGAUUCGGUCGUCCAUUUAGUGGCGGAUUCGGUCGUCAGUAUACUCCGAACUAUGGAGGCUACAGCCAAUUCGGUGGUUGGUCAAAUGCUGGAGGAGUUUCAAACGGACAAGGCAAUGGAAAUAGCGGAGGAGGGACCGUCAACUACGGAAGUGGAGGUUAUGGCACUGGAUAUUCAAGCGGAUUUGGUCGUCAGUAUACUCCGAACUUUGGAGGCUACAGUCAAUUUGGUGGUUUGUCGAAUGCUGGCGGAGUUUCAAAUGGACAAGGCAACGGAAAUAGCGGAGGAGGGACUGUCAACUACGGAAAUGGAGGCUUUGGCACUGGAUAUGGAAGUGGGCUCAUCGGAAGCGGAAUCGGCGGAUAUUCUUCCGGAAUUGGAAGUGGGUAUGGCUCCGGAAUUGGAAGCGGGUAUGGCUCCGGAAUUGGAAGUGGGUAUGCCUCCGGAAUCGGUAGUGGAUACACCACUGGCGCCGGCUUCGCUAACGGAUAUGGCAUCCGUCCCAACUAUAAUUUCGGAAAAUAGUUAUGGUCGAUCAUUUGCUCACACUACAUACACGCCCUCUCAA